AUGAGCGCCCCUUCAAACCGAAACGUUCCUGCGGAGGGUAUCCCAUACUUCACCCCAGCUCAAGUGCCGCCAGCUGGAACAGCCGAACCUGACGGCGCGCAGACGCUCCCCAUUCUAUUUCAACCACUGCAAAUUCGCGGGGUACGGUUCCCUAACAGAAUAUGGCUGUCUCCUCUCUGCCAGUAUUCUGCCCAGAACGGUCUCCUCACCCCAUGGCACCUCGCUCAUCUUGGAGGAAUAUUUACCAGAGGUCCUGGCCAUACUAUGGUCGAAGCCACCGCCGUUCUGGCCAACGGACGAAUCACCCCAGAAGACUCCGGCAUCUGGUCAGAUGAGCACAUCGCGCCGCUCGCCAAGAUCGUCACAUUUGCUCACUCACAGGGGCAGAAGAUUGGCAUCCAGCUCGCACACGCCGGACGAAAGGCGUCGACGGUGGCGCCCUGGAUAUCGGGCGACCCGACUGCAUCGAGAGAGGUUGGUGGUUGGCCCGACGAUGUCUGGGCGCCAUCUGCAAUUCCAUACCAGGAUAAUUACCCUCACCCCAAAGCCCUGACAAAGGAGGGUAUAAAGGAAGUUGUGGAUGCUUUCGAAGCUGCGGCGAAGCGCUCACUGAAAGCUGGGUUUGACGUUAUUGAAAUACAUGCUGCUCAUGGAUACUUGCUGAGCGAGUUUCUGAGUCCUAUGAGCAACAAAAGGACAGAUGAAUAUGGUGGAAGCUGGGAGAACCGAGUCCGCAUUGUUCUGGAGAUCGUUGACAGGGUCAGAGCCAUGAUUCCGGAAAGCAUGCCACUGUUUUUGAGAAUAUCUGGGACUGAAUGGUUGGAAACUGUCUUCCCAGAUGAACCUUCUUGGAGAUCAGAAGAUACAGCACGUUUGGCGCCUAUACUGUUUGAACACGGCGUCGACUUACUUGACGUCUCGUCGGGUGGGAAUCACCCGAAGCAAAAUAUAAUCAGCUCAGCAGGGUAUCAAUCCAACCUCGCAAAAGACGUCAUGCGCGCUAUCGGGGCUACAUGCGCAUACCCUUCAGGAGAGUCGGACGCCGCCGCCACCGAUACGAGCAAACUGUCGCGCCUGAUUGUCGGGACAGUUGGCACAAUCACUUCUGGAACACAAGCAGAAACUUUGCUUCAGGGGGGCUUUGCGGAUGUCGCGAUUGUUGGGCGACAAUUUUUGAGGAAUCCGGGAACGGUUUGGGCAUGGGCGGAUGAACUUGGAGUUGUUGAUGUACGACUUGCUAACCAAAUCGGGUGGGGAUUUAAGGGAAGAGGUAAGAAGACGCACGUUGGGAAAGAGGAUCACGGCGUAGACACGGGGAAGAAAGAUUUGAAAAACUAA